UGUGCGUGUGUGGGACAGAGAGAAGGGAAGACAGAGAGACAGAGAGAGAAACACACACAGACACAGAGAGAGAGAGAGAGAGAGAGCUGACGGUCAGUUUGACAGACCUUCAAACCGGAGAUAUUCGUGGCCGGAUGAAACUGGAUUACCCAAUCAGACAAGACCAGCACUCAACCAGAUGAGACGAGCUGAGGUCAUCUGCUCCAACCUACCAUGAAGAUUUGUGUUAUGUGUGUGUGUGUGUGUGUUGUCACAUUAUAGUUCUGAGUAUUUGUGAACAUGUCUGAAAACAUUAGUGUGAGCGUGCGCAUGUUAAAGGUGAAGUAGUGUGGAUGUGAGUGGGAUGUGCUGAUGUUCACCAUGUCUGAGGCCGACGUGAUCAACUGCACCAUCAGCCAUGAAAUCCACCAGUACCUCUUCUCCUGCGUGUAUAUUCUUGUACUAUUGGUUGGUGUUCCCUCCAACUUGUACUCUCUGUACCACGCUGCUCUACAGCUGAAGCAGAAGAAUGAGCUGGGAGUGUAUUUAAUGAACCUCACAGUGUCUGAUCUGUUAUACCUGGCAUCGUUACCACUGUGGCUCCAGUACAUCUUCCAGGAUGAUGACUGGCGUCACAGGGAAUGGUUGUGUCAGUUGUGUGGCUUCCUGCUCUAUGAGAACAUCUACAUCAGCAUUGGCUUCCUGUGUUGUAUCAGUUUGGAUCGUUAUCUGGCUGUGGUCCAUCCCUUAAGGUUCACCUCUCUCCGCUCUAUGAAUGCAGCGUGGCUUGUCAGUGGUAUCAUCUGGCUGAAGGAGAUCGCAGUGGGUGUGGUUUUCUUCCGCCACAAAGAACUGAGCAAAGACCGCAAGAACCAAUCAGUGUGCUUCGAGCACUACCCCAUGCAGCCAUGGGAGUACCCAGUCAACUACUACCGUUUCACCAUUGGCUUCAUGUUCCCACUGGCCAUUCUAUCGAUCAGCUACCUGUGUGUUCUUCGUGCUGUGGGUCGGAGUGCAGGGACUCAGCCGGUUCAGAAGAUAAGGAUCAGACAGUUAGUCAGCAGCACCAUUCUCAUCUUCCUUGUCUGUUUCUCCCCAUACCAUGUCUUCUUGUUAGUGCGCACCUUGCUGGAGCGGGACUGCAGCUUUAUUGCAGGAAUAUUUAACUACUACCACCUGUCGUUGCUGCUGACUACCCUGAACUGCGUGGCCGACCCUGCUCUCUACUGCUUUGUCAGCGAAAGCGCCCGCCGCGGCCUGUACAGAGCCAUAAUCCGACCCUUCGCCAGAGUACUCUGUUGCUGCUGUCGCCGUGGCAACUCAAGCCCCGCCAACCCAGCCACAGAUUCCCAUGAGGUCGCCACCGAUGAGAACAAUGGCCACCCGACUGUGACGCUGCUCACGCACACCAGCAUGCUCAACAAUGUAAAAACAGACCCGGCCAGUAAAAGCACAAUUUUAAUCACACAGACUGAUGAAAAAACCAUCAUACCCUUAAUCGUACAAAAUAACAAACACUGACAAAUGUGUGGACAGUGAUGGGAAAUCCAGCUGUGUGAUGAUAGCCGUGGAGGAGCAGAGCCAAAGGACAGAGACUGACAACUAAAAUAAUCCCGGAACCAAUCAGAAACCAUGCUAUCAGAGGCCUCAGGGCAGCACAUCCCUUACUUCACUUACUUAGUCUGACAAUCAGACCAUUCUGAGAAUCAGAUUCAGUAAGAUAAGAGUGAGCGGAGAACGCACAAUCAACCACCCACAACUAACCUGCCUUUAAGGCUCAAUCUGGCAGUGGCCCUAAUGAGAGCCUGCUCCCCACCCAGCUGUGUGCACAUGAUUAUUAUCCACUGGAACUGGAGUGAAAACAUUUUCUUUUCUCUCUCUCAAGUGAUAUCUGUGAGCUCUGGAUACAGCAGCUGCCACUGUGUCAGAGUUCAGCAUCAAUCUGGCUUCUGUUUUGUCACUGUCAAUGUCUGGUUUACAUUUUGGUGUAGACAUGGGAGCAAACUGGAGGUUGGGUAUAAUUAUUCACCUGUGAUGAACACUGCCAGAAAAACCUGCAUUUGGAUCCUGAAGCCUUGGAGGGAAUUUGCCAGUAUUUAACAGUGUUAUGGUAACACUUUAUAAUAAGGCAAUGGCUUUAUUAAUGGUUAAUAAAUUAUUUAACGUUUAUUAGUUAUUAUCAGUUACAACUUUUCUAAAAUAAAGGUUGACCCAGUGUUCCUGA